CCUGGGUCCUUCCUGGGUGGGGGGUCCGGGCGCGGGGGGGGUUCCUCCCCAGUUUGGGGACUGGUUUGGGGCUCUGGAUACUGGGAAGGGGGGUGGGGGGGGAAGUUGGGGUGUCCCCCCCCCUCCCUCCCCUGGGCUCUGGCGGGGGCUGAUUUGGGGUCGUUCCCCCCGCCCCCUCCGCAACUCGGUUUGACGUCAAACCACCGGACGUCCCGUUUCCGUGCUAAAAAACCGACGUUUUGGGGCAGAUGAGAAAAACGCCGCGUGGUUACGGCAGCCACCGACCCGUUUUGGGGCAAAAACUGCCCGAACUGUUGCGUCGUCGCUGUAAAAACUUCUCUUUUUUUUUUUUUGGGGGGGGGGGGGAAAACCCCCAAAUUUAGCGUUCGUGUGGAUUUUAGGUCUGUUGGCUGAUUUUUUUUAAUUUUUGUGUCCUUGAGAUGUGGGGGUGAUGGGAAUUAAUUCGCUUUGAUUUGCAGGUUUGAAGCAGAAAAUGUAGAUUAUUUUUAGAAAAAGGAUUUUUUUUUUUCCCCAGCACAGGGAAAAAUAGAGAUUUAUGUGAUUUUUUUUUCCCCCCCCUGGAAAUACUGAUUUCUAAGCGGAAUUUUGGGGUUAAGAGGAACUGCUUUGGGUACACGAAACCUCCCGGCCGCCUGAUGACGGGCGUUUCGUGCAGCUCGCGGGUGCUUUUUUGGGUGUAAAUACCAUGUUUUUCCUGAUUGCAAAUAAAGGAAUGCUGAAUUUCUGCAAAAAAAGCAGAAAAAUUGCCUAAUUACCGACAAUCGUCCUCCCUCCUCCCCCUUUUUUUUUUUUUUUGUUGCAUUUACGUGCGCUUCUCUUCCCGUUCAGACUUUGGCCUUUCUCUUUUGGCUGGAAAACAUCGUUCUGGGCUAGAAACGACCCAAAAAAAGACCGAAAACACCCCCCCCCCAAAAAAAAAAGGAAUUUACGUCGGAAGCGGGAGCGGAGGCGAGCGGCCGGAGGCGGCCGGCGGGAUGGUGACACGCGAGCUGCUCUUCAUUGCCGCCCUCCUCUUCCUCAGCCGAGGAAGCGGCGGGGCUGACGGAGCUGCCGAAACGCCGGCGGUGGGGGCGAUGGGACGGAGAUCGUUGCAGCCCCCGGCCGCCAGCCGGAGCUUUUCCCGGAGGAAGCGAGAUGAGGAGACACCUUCCUACCUGAAGUGGGUGACUUUUGAAGGCAAGCUGCCCGACGAUGCCGUCUCCAACUGGAACAACUACGCCAAGAGGAUGGAGUACGUCUGCUCCACUUCGGUGCUCGGCUGCGACACCGGUGCCUACGUCCCCGACCGAGGUCCCUUCUGCUUCUUCCCGUAUGGAGAACAGGAGGAGAGCACCCGCAACUUCAAGGUGUUGGUCAACGUGGGAAACUUCGAGGCGCUGGAUUGGGUGGACGACUCCUUCGGCAGCGUGCCCGAAAACGCCGUGGCGGGCUGCCCGUUCUUUGAUACCUUUGUUGGGAGGAACCGCUACGGCUUGGGGAAGAUCUCCAAAGAGCAGAGGGCUGCCUUUGUGGUGGUGGACGGUGAGGAGGUUUGGUACAAGUGGUACCAAGUCUUGGUGGUCAAGAAGGGCCUGGCAGACGUCACCAUCUCCCACGUCCGCUACAACAUGAGCAGGGCAGUGGAAGGCAGGGAGGACGUCACCCUGAUGAAGACCAUGGUGAGGAACGAGGGUUGUCAACGGGUGCGGAAAGCUGUCACCUUGGAGGAGGUCACCGAGACGGAGCACAACUGGGGGAUGGACCGGAGGGUCUUCGCCACCAUCCACGGGGUGUUGCAAGCCGCCCUCUUGACCUUCAGUGGGACGGGCUGGGACAUCACCAACGUCACCAACAUCCCCUGGGUGGGGGGAGCCAGCACCAGCGAGUACGUCGUCCACAUCCGCGUGGUGGAAGAGGAGCUGCAGCCCUGGACGACGUGCGCGGUGGCCCUGGAGGGACGCCGGUUGGACAUCCGCGUCCCCUUCACCGCACAGCUCACCCGCGAUUUUGGUGACGGUCAACCGCACCGCGUGGCCAUGACGGGGUGGGCUCGUAGCCAGGUGGUGGUGGGUGUCCGAGCUGGCAUCAAGGAGUGCCGACCCAUCGACGACGUCCCACCAUGCUGGGCGUAGGGGAUGCUGGAUGGAUGCAAUCUCCCGGCCACGACGCCUGCGUCGUCUUCUUUCCUUCUCGCGUUUCGUGGAAAAAUGCUGAUGACGCAAACAAAUUCGGCUGCGUCCUUCGUUCAAACGCUCCCAAAAAUGGGAUUUAGUAAGAAAAAAGGCGAGGAGGAAGGGGGAAAAAAAAAAAGAAAAAUGGGGAAAAAAACGCCAAAUAAGGGCUGGAAAGGCAACUGCUCGUCUGGGGGUGACGGUGGUGGCGUCAUCUCGGGGUGACGUGGACCAAAGUCGUCGCCACCCCCCUCACCUCGCCACCCCCCCCUCCUUUCCUGGGGAGUGACAGCGGAACCGACCAAUCGGUGCGGGCGUAGGGCUGUCGCCCCGCCUACCGGAUGCUGAUGGGGAGGGGGUGUCUGGAGGAGUUUGGGGGGUCCUGGGGGGCCACAGAGGGGCUGGGGGUGCUGGAAGGUUGGGGGGGGUGUCCCAGAACGCUGCAGGGGGUCUGAGGGGCAGAGAUUUGGGGAGCCCCCAGAUUGGCUGGGGGGGGCGGUGGUGGUGGCGUACGCGUGCGAUGCGCCGCAAGCACCGUGCGAUGCGCUGCAGCCGCUGCGGUGCACGGGAAGGAAGCGCUGCCAUGCGCUGCAACCGCUGCCAUGCGCUGCAACCGCUGCGAUGUGCUGCGCUGCAACCGCUGCGAUGUGCUGCAACCGCUGCGAUGUGCUGCAACCGCUGCGAUGUGCUGAUGCGCUGCAACCGCUGCCAUGUGCUGCAACCGCUGCAGUGCACAGGAAGGAAGCGCAGCCACGUGCAGCCAUGCGCUGCAACCACUGCAGUGCACUGCAACCGUUGUGACGCGUUUGCUGCAACCGCUGCGCUGCACCGCAGCGUGACGUGCUGGGUUGCAACCGUCCCACCGCGCUGCGAGCGCAGAGCUGCAGUGCAAACGGCGCAGUGCGUUCUCCGUGCCGCGCUGCAGCGCAAGCGCGAGUCAGUCGCUGGACGGCCUGUGCCGCGCUGCAGGCGCGGUGCUGCAGGGCAAAUGAUGCGCUGCGCUUGGAGUGUCGCGCUGUAGUGCAAACGCAACGCUGCAGUGCAAAC